AUGGUGAACUCGAAAGAGAACACUCCCACCGGGAGCCCGUCUCCCUCAGAAGAAAACUUAAGCGACAAGAUCCGUCUCGCCGCGAAGAUCGACUUCGCCGCAACGAUCCCCUCCGCCAAGAAAGGACGAGAGCCCCCCUCCGUCCGCACCACGCCGCUCGAGAAAAUCUUCCUCGAGCGACAAACCCCGCAGCUCGAAGAAAUCCUCCUCGAGCGAGAAGAUCCUCAAACUCAUGGAGAAUCUCGUCAAGCCACUCGCCGACGGUUUCGAGUCAAUGCGAGCACAGCAGAAAAAGACUCAGGAACAGGUGGAAGCCCUAGCACGAGAAGACGAUGA